UGCAAUAUUAAUUUCAGUCCAUCUGUUCAAUGCAGAACACUUGGGAAGAAUGGGGUACAUUUAAAACCCAGUGUGACGUUUGGGGUAAAAAAAAUAAGUUUACCAUUCUAGAAUUAAUUACACUGCACAGCGGUAAUAUAACCCACAGCUUCCAACAGAACUAUGACAUUAUCGGGCUUAUCUGUCGCGAGACGUAUUCAGGAAUUAAUUUCAACUCGAAUUAGUCGGGUAUAAUAGAGUUUUCGACGUUCGAAAUAGAUCGGUAUUCCAAAAUGCGCUUUGCGAGUCCAAGUUUACGAAAAUCAAUUUACGCUUUGCAAUUGGAGGCAAUAAAGUCAUUCUUACGUCUCGCAUGACGUAAUGCUUGAUUCACUCCGCCACGUUUCCACGUGGAAGGAUAAUGCAUAAUCGGCAAAACGAAUCUUAAUGCGACCCAGUUCCGGUUUACACGUGACCCCGAUAAUACGGCUGGAUAAAAUAGAAUAUCGCCGCGUGCACAUGUGUGAAUCCGCAAUAUUUUUUUUUUACGCCUAUCUCUCCCGUAUAGCUUUCGUUUACAGGACAGCCGUGUGUGUAACAAAACGGAAUAUAUUUACAUAUGUUACAGAGAUGAAAAUAACGCGCGGAAAAAGCGAGCUGGAUAAGAUAAAACGCGAGGAAACCGACAACGGAACAACUGCCGAAUGAAAUUUGCGUAUUAAUUACGUCAUUGUGUUUCGCUUAUUUUAUGCGAUUAUCGGUUUUUCGUAGGGAUUUGUUUUAUAAAUUAACAGGUAGGACCAACUAACGCGUAGCCACGUUUAAAUUUAACAAAAUUAUACAUAUAUAUAUUUUUUAUAAAAUUCACCAUCCGCACUUCAAUGAAUUAAUAAAAUAACAAAUUUCUGAAGCGAGAAAAACGCGGAAAAGUAAAUCAAUGAUAGCAUCUGUAUUCCCAGUGUGAAAAUUGACUUCAAAACCGUCCAAAAAUAAUCUCCAUUACUGAUUACACGUUUCAUUUUACAUAACGCGAACCACGCGAAUACAAAUCCGCGUAUCGGAGUUGCACUCCCCACGAAAAUAUUUAAAUCUAAUCUACACAAUACACUCUUUCAUUUCUUGCUUCUCGCACUAGUUUAUCGACAAUCGUGUCUCUUGUCUCUCGCGGAGUUUGUCUCCCUUUAUCUCGUCAACUUCGAUAAAACAUUGUGCAAAGAGGCGGAAAGAAAAAUAAAACAGGAGACAAAGAGCACAUUGUAGAUUAGUCUUUACGUAAUAAAAUAUGAAAUAGUAAACGCGACAUCUCGUUUCUCACCCGUUGACGUCGAGCCACCAAAAAACAAGCGAAGAACAAGAGCAACUUUACGCGAGGCGCGUACCUACCAUCACCGUUCACAGUUCGCGCGCGUAUCACAAAAGUAGUAUCAACUCGCUGUAGAGCGAGCUCGGAAACUCGAACACCAAUGCGUCGGCUCUUUCACCGACGCGAUAUAACGCGUCACCGACUAAUCUCGCCGUCGCCGUGGGGCCUUAUAUAACGUAGCGCUGCGAAAUCGUCGGUUUCAGUCAACGUCGGGACAGCCUGCUCGCGUCUACAUCUGCCCGCCGUUCGAAAAAAAUACGAUGGCAUCGAAAAACACGAUCAUGGACUCGGACUGCAUGACACUGACGAGAUUCGUGCUGGCGGAGCAGCGCCGGGUGCCAGCGGCGACCGGCGACCUCACGCAGCUGUUGAAUAGCAUACAGACCGCCGUAAAGGCCGUCAGCUCGGCCGUGAGGAAAGCCGGUAUCGCUAAUAUGUACGGGAUCGCCGGCAAUACCAACAUUCAGGGCGAAGAAGUCAAGAAGCUGGACGUCCUGAGCAACGAGCUCUUCAUCAACAUGCUGACGUCCUCCUUCACCACGUGCGUCCUCGUGAGCGAGGAGAAUCAGCACGCCAUCGAGGUGGAAACGGAGAAGAGCGGCAAAUACGUUGUAUGCUUCGACCCGCUCGACGGCUCCUCCAACAUCGACUGCCUGGUCUCGGUGGGCUCGAUCUUCGGAAUUUACAAAAAACCCGAACAAUCCGGGGAAUCCACGCUGCAGGCCGCGCUGCAACCGGGACGGAACUUGGUCGCGGCCGGAUACGCUCUAUACGGCUCGGCGACCAUGAUAGUACUCUCGAUCGGUCACGGCGUUAAUGGAUUCACGUACGAUCCGGCCAUCGGGGAAUUUAUACUAACCGAGAAGAACAUGCGUAUGCCCGACAGAGGCAAUAUAUAUAGCAUCAACGAAGGUAACGAGAGCACUUGGGACUCGUCUAUCAAGGAGUAUAUACAUUCCAAGAAAUAUCCCGCAACUGGAAAACCCUACAGUGCCAGAUACGUGGGCUCCAUGGUUGCCGACGUGCACCGAACGAUUAAGUACGGCGGUAUCUUUUUGUAUCCCGCGAGCAAGAGCAGUCCCAACGGCAAGCUACGACUUUUGUACGAGUGCGUGCCGAUGGCUUUCAUAGUCAAGGAAGCCGGCGGUCUGGCGACGAACGGAAAAAUUGAUAUUCUGGACAUCGUCCCGGAGAGCAUUCAUCAGAGGUCACCCAUUUUCCUGGGCUCCAAGGACGACGUCACCGACGUAAUGACGUUUAUAAAAAAAUAAGAUCAAUAUGAGGAAAAAAGCGAAGAAUCUCCUCCAAGUACUUACGCAACCUCGAGCGUCAUACCUCUUUUUUUGUACGAUCCUGUUCGGAUCAUUGUGUCUCACAUUUUGUAAUAAAUUACUUUUUUUUUUAUUAAAUUGCUUCUACAUUUUAA